AUGGAAGACUGGGAUAAUGCAACCACAGUGACCGAAUUCAUGCUCGUGGGCUUCUCCAGACAGUCCUAUGUGCGGGCUGCCUUGUUUGUCCUCUUCUUGGUCAUGUAUGCAGUCACAGUAGCUGGAAACAGUCUCAUUGUAGUACUGAUUGCGGUGGAUUCUCACCUCCACAUCCCCAUGUAUUUCUUCCUCAGCAACCUCUCCUUCAUUGACAUGUGUUUUGUCACCAUCACUGUCCCACAGAUGCUGGUGCACUACUUCAAAGAGAAGCCCAUUAUAUCUCGGGGCAACUGUUUUGCACAAAUGAGUAUUACUCUUUUUUUGGGAACGGCGGAGUGCUUCUUACUGGCCGUCAUGGCUUACGACCGCUUUGUGGCAAUAUGCAGCCCUCUACACUACAGUUUAAUCAUGAGCCAAAAGGUGUGCCUCAUACUGGUGGUCAGCCUGUGGGUCAGCUCUUUCCUCUUGACCAUCGUACCCUUUUUUAGCAUGCCAGUAGCACAUUUCUGUGGCCACAAUGUGGUGAAUCAUUUUUCUUGCGAGCUCCAAGCAGUGUUGAAAUUGGCCUGCUCUGACACUCACAACAGUGGGCUUAGCAUGCUGAUCACAAGUGUGUUCACACUUCUGUUCCCCUUUGCCUUCAUUCUCGUGACAUAUGGGCGCAUUGGUCUGGCUGUCCUGCGCAUCCGCUCAGCCCGAGGGAAAGCUUUAUCAACCUGUGGCUCUCAUUUGACUGUGGUGGGUAUUUUUUAUGGCACUGCCUUGGCCGAAUACCUGAGACCUCAAGCCAAAACCUUCACCGACAAGGAUAAAAUAAUGGCUGUUGUUUAUCUGGUCAUUACCCCAAUGCUCAACCCCUUGAUCUACAGCCUGAAAAACAGGGAUGUGAAGGCAGCUUUAAGGCGGCUGAUAGGGAGGAAAAGAGAGAUGUAA